AUGCCUCCUAAGAAAUCAAUCUUCAGGCAGCCCAAUGCCCAACAUUUCCAGCUCGUACACCGUUCUCAACAGGAUCCACUCAUCAAUGAUCCCGAAGCAAGUCAAAGGGUGUUCAAGCCCAUGAACAGGAGCAACGAAUCGGAAAAGAAGACUGAGAUAACCCUCGCCGAUUUGGAAAAGAGUGUGGACCAAUCUGCCAUCCGAAAGAAUGAAGGUGAAGCAGCCAAUUACGGUAUCACAUACGAUGAUUCUUCCUACGAUUACAUGUCCCAUCUCAAGACGGUCGGUAAUGGUGGAUUCGAUUCUUUCCUGAUCGCUGCACCAAGAGGGUCAGGUAUCGCUCGAGGUAUGAAGUCAACUGGCAAGGGUAAAGGGAAAGCAAAGGAAGAUGACAUGUUCGAUCUGCUACCUCAAGAUGUACUUCCCAGUAGAGAACAGAUAUCGGUCUAUGAAGCUCAGAAUAGAGGAGAAGCGAUACCUAGAGAGUUACAGGGAUUACAACCUGAUAUGGACCCACAUCUUCGACAAGUAUUAGAAGCGCUUGAUGAUGAUGCUUUCGUGGACGAUGAAGGAGAUGAAGAGGGAUGGUUCGAUGAGCUGGUUCAUGAUGGAGAAAGAGAAGAAGAGGAAGAAGUACCUUGGGAGUUUAGGGAAUGGGGUGUUGACGAAGGACCUGCACCUGUCGGUGAACUCAAAGAGGAAACGUGGGAGGACAGGUUCAAGGCUUUCAAAAGAGAACAAGCAGCUUUACCAGAUGAAGUGUCCGAUAUUGAUCCGGAAGAAAGGUCAGAAAUGGCAGAUACUGUUGGGUCACUUGCCAGUAACUUUGAUGAUAUGAUGGUUGUUGGCGGGAAGAAAAGAAGAGGGAAGAGAGGACCGAGUGAUGCAUCUGGGAUGAGUAUGAGUAGUUCCAGUAUGUUUAGGACGCAGGGGUUAAGGGAUUUGGAUGAUCGAUUUGACAAAGUUGAGAUGGACUACCUUUACGAUGAAGAGGAAGAAGAGGAAGAAGAAUAUGAAGAUUUUCCCGAUGACGAUACCGCUUCUGUCGCUGCAUCCAGCUUUUCCGUCUCUUCACGAUUCUCUCUCGCAUCACAUGCUGCCAAAGCUGCUGGCGGACCUCCUGAAAUAACUCGAGAUGACUUCGAGGAGAUCAUGGACGACUUUUUGGAAAAUUACGAAGUGGUCGGUCGUCGAAUGCGACCUGCGCUGGGUGGUACUGCUCUGACAGGUACCGAACGAUUCGGUGUUCUCCGGGCGGCUAUUGAUGGCGAAGAUGAUUUGAGAGACGAGAACAGGCGGCGAAUUCUGCAGAUCGAGCAAGAGGAUCGAGAGAAUGGUAAGGCCCGUGAAAAAGUCAAGAAGGAAUCAAAAGAAAAGGUUGAGCAGCCGGAGGAAGAGAAGUGGGAUGUGCAGACCAUUCUUUCUACGUACACCAAUACCGAAAAUCAUCCUGGUAUGAUCCGAUCCCGAAAUGCUGCUCAGAUGAAAGCCCGAGCAGAAAGACAGGCUGCCGCUGCCGCUGCUGCUGAGGUGGACGGCCAGGAAGAAGGGGAUGCUACCGACUCAGGCUCUGAGACUGAACGGGAGACACCUAGAGUAACCGUUGCUCGACCGAAGGGUGAAUUAGCUGAGGAGAAGAAGGCAAGAAAGGCAGCAGUUAAAGCCGAACGAGCGGCUCGACGAGCGGAAAAGAAGUCCCAUACCGAGACCUUUUCCACCGAGAGAAAGCGACAACUUGCGAGCCACAAGAAGCUGGUCAGCAAUGGUCGUGCUGCAGAUGUAGCAGUCGGAAACAAAGGAGUUGUCUCGUUGAGCUAG